AUGGAGGGUUCUGUCGAGGAAGGCUCCGAGCCGGAGCAGGAGAACCAGCACGCAGACCCCGAAGACCAAAUCACCAACGUGGUUUUCGAGCAGUCUCCGAGCCAGUACUCUCGCUUCGCUGGCUUACCGACUAUCCAGGAGAAUACAAAGCUCACGAUUCCACCGACUCGUUAUCCUCGCCCGCUUCCAACCCCUCCUAGUCAAGAGAAUACCUCUUCUAUUCCUUCGGGGGAAUCUCACGGGGGAUGCGAAGAGCAAACCGAGGAAGGCGAGUGGGAAGAUAUUGAAGACGUGUACGAAGCAGAGCCAGUCCGGCCAACUCCCAGCUAUAUCGCUUGUUCGCACAGCACCGUGACUCGUCAACGCUGUCUCGGCGCAUCAGACGUCUGCCCUGAAUGCAAGCGAUUCCCGCCUCUCGGCUAUUUGUAUGCCUGCACAGAGGAUGAGACUGACCUGCUGGCCAAGCCAGACUGCGAAUUCUUGUCUCCUCGGGUUCUCCGAGCCAUCGAAGCAGGCGAGUAUACCGAGGAACAGAAAAUCCAGCUAUUCGUCGCCAAACACGACGUGCUCGAAGCCGCCUGUGAUGCUCGCCGUCAGAAGCUCAUAGCGCCUUACUACAACCAUAGGAUGGCCGUGGGUCUUGGUGACAUGUAUGCAGAUUGCCAUUCAGAUGCUACUGCCCAGCACUUCCUCCGCAUGACCCCUGCCCGACUUCGCAGGGGAACGUCGAACGCCGAACCAUGUCACCAUCGCGUCUGUCACUACUGUCGUCCGUACCUUGUCCAGAUGUCGUGGGUCAGCCUGAAUGCCGUUCUAGAGGACCCUAAAAUCCAGGCGCGCGCAGACCCCAGCAAUUCAAACAGGUUGGUCGCAAGGGCUGACGUCGUGCGUAACUUGGGUACACGGGUCUGGCAUCCCCCAGCGCCGCCGUCUGGUCCAAAGCCGCUGCCCCCUAUUCCCCCUACUUAUGAGUCCACAACGGAAUUUUCUACUACUGAGCCUGAGCCUGAGCCUAUGCCUGUGCUUGGACCUGAGCUGGAGUCAGAUAACAACCCUGAAAUUAACCUCGAGCAAGCCCCAACCCUCAAGCCCAAGAAGAAAGUCCGCUUCAGUGACGAGAUUGAACUUUACAACGAUGAAUCACCUCGAGUGCCCAGGGACGAGUUGUCUCGGGUGCCUUGGGACAAGUCAACGCAGGUGCCGAAGCGUAGUGGUUGGAAGGCUGGAAGAGAUAAGAUCAAGAACCGGAUCAAAGGUCUCUGGGGAAGGAAGCCAUGA